AGGCAUCAGCUCUUUUCGAUAUAGUAUAUUUACCAUGGCGACUAUGGAUUGGUCUAUGGAUUACCAUUAUUUUACUGCUGAUCUUAGCACUGGAGAAAACGUACUGGAUUUCGUAUUGUACUAGAUUUACAGAAGAGAUUUUACAUGCACUUAUCGCGGUGUUAUUUAUAAUGGAGGCUUUUAAAGAUAUUUAUAAGGUUGGUUGUUUCCUCUUAAUGCUUACAGCAAUUUUACGUGAUACAUGAGUCACAUCACCACCUCACGCAAAAAAGGUUGAUCGCAAUAGUUGUUUUUGACAUUUAAUUAAGCGCGGUCACUACGUCAAUAUCAGAAACUUCAACAACUGAACAAAGCCCGCCAAUGCGAUGACGUGCCGAGUUCAGUUGUUGACAUUCGUCAUAUUAAUAUAAAUUGGUAACCGCGUUUAAACGUCAAAAACAGGUACUGCUAUCAACCUUUUUCCGUUGGGUGGUCGCUUGCAUGUAAGCCCAACACUUAACUCCACUUUUUAAUCUUUAUUUAGUUCCGUUUAAUUAGCCUUUCUCACGCCGCCAUUUUUGGGUGGCUUUUCAGCCGAAGUCUGCGAGAUAAGGGACCGGUCAUUAUUUAUGGUGGGGGGUGGCACCGAAGAGAAAAUGGUUGGGUAAACAAAAUUUUGAGUAAGUAAAUGGUUGGGUAAAUGAAAAACAAAACAACUCAAGGGUUGGGUAAUAAAAAGAUUAUUGUUAUUUCCAAGCAUGGCUCACCGAAAUAUUGGAGACUAAAAAGCAAUGUCAACAGUCAUAUGUCAAUACAAUAUGUGAAUCAAUCAGAGUCACUAUCUUGAUCAUUUUCCGAUUUGUUGGGAGACAAAUGGUGUCUCCAAAGAAAGUACAUGUGCAGACAACAUGAAACUUUAGACUGGAGAAAAUUUCACAAUCCGUUAUCAAACUCAUGUCACAGAAGUGGUAAGGGACUUGUGUGACAACUAAAUGGUAUCUUUUUGUAAUGUUUUUGACCAGGGGUGGGUAUUUCUUUUUUAAUUGAUAUUUGAGGUUGGGUAAUCAAAUAUUUUACUUUUUAAUGGUUGGGUCAGCAAAAUUUUUGCCACGAAAAACAUUUCGGCCAACUCCCCAAGCACCAUAAAUAAUGACCGGUCCCUAAGUCCACAUAACUGCGACUUUUUAUAAUUUUUUGGACGAAUGAUGGUAAAUUUGCUUUGUAAAUGGUUAGUUUAUUUUGAAAAAUUGCUUUUCACAUUGUUUUAAUUGUCUGCAUUGGUUAACGAGAAUUAGAUGCCACCCACAAAUGGCGGAUAUUCGUCAUCGUGAGAAAGGCUAAUUGGAUACGCUGACGCUGUGAAUACUCAUGUAAGAGUUAAGAAUCAUUUACGAAAUUAAUGCAUGUCUGAUAUUUGAUUGUCAUUCAUAUAUUUGCAGGUAUUUAAAGAAAAUCCCAUACGUAACAGCUAUAUUGUGGAGAAUCAAACUGGAACAAAUAAUACAACCACAAAUAUCGGACGUCCGAAUACUGCACUCUUACAUACUGUUAUAUCGUUUUCUACAUUUGGAAUUGCAGUUGGACUUCGAUUAUUUCAAGACACAAGAUAUUUUUCCCCUCCAGUAUGUAUUUAGGCCUGUACUAUACGUCGAAUUUCGGUUGCGUCGAAUGCAAUUCAAACAAUAGAUAAUGAAGCUUAAUGAGGUUUAUCAUCUCAUUAUCUAUUGUCUUAAUUGCAUUCGAAGCGACCGAAAUUCGACGUAUAAAACAGGCCUUAAAUAUUUCUUUUAUGCCAUUAAGAUUAAAAUUGGUUUUCAUUUUAUAUAGUAGUAAUACCAAUGCAUGCUGUAAUGUGCUGAGUGAAUGAAAGAACUCAGAGACUGCCGUAAAACGUGGCGUCAUUAUUUCUCUCCAGCGUAUAAACGUAUGCCAAAACCAAAGUGUAGUAAGCGAAAACAUGUCUGUAUUUUUACUGUACACAUUUUUUACACAUCUGCAUGAUUAAUUCUAAGACAUUGGCUAACAACCAACGGUGACCAAAUACGACAGGGCCAACAGGAGAGAAAAUUGAUUGAGCAUGCGCGAAAACUGCUCUGGUUUUCAGAUGCGUGCUUCCACUUGAUUUAAAAAACAUAAACAUACAUGAACGAAGCUUUCGAAAGACAAUUUUGCAGCGGCUGUUUAGGGCCACAAAUCACCACAAAAAUUGGAUUCACUAACAAGAAAUGUUGCAGUAAAUACUUUGAUUUCCUCUAUUGUCACAUAUUUUACAAUGUAAAUUAUUAGUAUCGAUUAUUUCAGUGCAAAACAAAACAGAGCAAAAAAUUUCCUUUUAAAAUGUCGUCUGAUAGCUUCAAUAAAAUGUGAAAUUCAAACCAAAAAUACUAACACUUCUUCAUUUUUUACAAAGCCAAGAAAUUUAAUAUCGACUUAAAAAUGCUUUGAAAUUUAACGUAAAACAGCGAUAUUUCGUUGGCACAACCUGUAACAUGACAAAAUUCGUGUUUAUAGAAUUUUGAACGAGCGAAAAUUGUGUUUGAAAAUAAUACAAAGUUUACCCUUCGGAAUGAGGGUUAUGGAAAAAUCUGAUUGCUAUGUUUAUCUCUUUUUUAAAUACUUUGAAAACCUAAAAAUAAUAUUUUAAAACUUUUAUAGCAAAACACAUAGCAAAAUGUUUAGGGAGUGAUCAUUAUUUAUGGGGAAGGGGGGGGGCAAACGAAGUUUUACCCUUAUAAAUAGGGGGGUCAAAAAAGUUUUCACACAGAGAAAGGGGGGGCGUCAUAAAAGUUUUUGAUUUCUAUAAUCACAAAUAGCAAAAAAGAAGACUUUGAAAAUGCUAUUUCCAACGAUCUAGAGACUCAAAAUUUCCCUGCUCAGCGCCAACCAUGGUGGCGCCUCGCGACCGUUUAGUCCACUAAGUUUAACAAGCUUUCUACUCCCUGAGUGACCCAGUUGUGGUAUUUACAUAAACAUACCAUGCAAGUACACUUAACUGAUCAGAUUCGGUCUAUCAACGCACAAUGUAACGCUGUAUAUCCAAAAAUCUGUUUCAGAAAAUGCUCAGAGGAAAAUGCUCACAUUUCAGUUCUAGGGGUGGAAAAAUACAAAAAAUUUUCUGGGGGAGAAUACCCCCAGACCCCCCUACUAGUACAUACGAUACCACACCAAACUUUUUGUCACCAACAACCAUCUGUCAUCUCUCCACACUCGAUAUAGUAUGGUCCCUUUUUGUAGAUGCCCACCCCCCAGACAAGUUCUUAAAAAAACCCUGUGUUCAAAUCAUUUCGCUGUAUGAAGACAGGUCAUGGGUUAGGGUUAUGGUAGGACAAAUGUUGCAUUGCAAAGUAGUAACACAUAAUAUAUAUUUUUUAAUCAUAUAUGGUUGAAUCAUAUUCACCAGGGUAAAACAUCAUGAGCUAGAUUAAACAGAUUGUCCUAAUAUCUAACUUUACAUGCAAUGGACACCUGUUUCAUUGCUGUUAAUUUUUCAAUCCACACUGGGGGGUGGGGGGGAGGCACAAAAAGUUUGCCUUCAGUCUGGAGGAGGGUCAAAAAAGUUUUCAAUCCUUAUUUUCCCCAUUUCCCCCCCCCCUCCCCAUAAAUAAUGACCACUCCCUUAUUCUGAUGCUCAUUUUCUGAGUCGCCUUUUUCGUAUAAAUUACACUUGCACAUGAAAUUUGCCAAAAUUCAGAACUUUCUUCAUUUUUUAGGCGAGUUUACAUUCUAUUUGCAAAAACUAGAACGAAAAGCAUAUCUUCUGACCUAAUCAAUGUUCAUUGACACAACCGGUAUAUAUGAGAAAAUUAAGGUGAAAAACAAGCAAUUUUAGCCUAAUAAUACCUCACAUAUACUGAAAUUUGACGAUGAUCGUUGGCGCACAGUAUCACUCAAAAACCAAAUAUUUAUACUUUGUCCUGGACAACAAACGCAUUUACUGCAAAUUUCAAGUAAUAUUCCAUCAAUAUUAAGUUCCUGCUCGAGGUUAUUUGCCAUCAACAUAGGCGUACCGGGCGGGGGGGCGGGGGGGGCGGCAGCCCCCCCAGUUUUUUGGGCAGUCGGGCAAUAUUCGAUCAACAGUCGGGCAAUUUUGGUUUGCAAUAAAAAAAAAAUGGGACAAAUUCUGUAAAUUUUGUUCAAAAUUAAGUCAUUUUUUUGCGAAAUUUUGUGAUUUUUCGAAAAUUUGUGUUAUGCUCCGAAAAAAUUGGUUGUCCGGAAAAUUUUUUUGACCCCUAAAAUGGUACACUGACCGAAAUUUUUUUGGCGACGGGGGGGUGGAGGUCGCCAAAAAUAAUUUUUCCGGAAAAAUUUUUUUGGUACUAGUCGGGCAGAAUCCCGAAAAGUCGGGCAAUUUUCUUUCCGCCCCCCUAAUUUUUUCCUUCCGGUACGCCCAUGGCCAUCAAAAACACACAUUUCGCAAGAAACGUCAUUUUCGGCCAUUUUGCUAAUUCUUGACUGCUAAUUUCCCGAUUGCGUCAAGUAAUUGUGUUCUUGAUUAACGUUUAUUAAUGUUUACGUCUGCUAGCUUUCUUUUACAUUUCCUCUGCUGCAGUACGAGAAACAGGGUAGCGAAAUCUGUGUUUUUGUUGUUUUCACAAUUUUUGCUGGAAAAAAGAAAUCGUCAGCGAUAAAUUUGGUCAGCGACGACAAUUUUCCCACUUGUUGACAGGGUGAAUUUGUCAGUGGAGGGGUCAUCAAGAGAAAGGGACCCAACUAGGAGGUGGUGAACGGGAAAAGUGGGAACUUGUCUGGCCCAGAAUAAUUUUGUAUUAUUAAGUGUCUGGGGCCUGAUUUUCGGCAUUUUUAGACACAAUCUUUUAUAUAUUUCAUCCGCUAGACAAAGAUUUGGUCAUGGGAAUACUAAAAUACUCUUCUUAACUAAGUUAUUCUUCCCCUUUUUGCUUAUAUUUUGGACAGAAGGGACCUUUACUGGGGGGGGGGGGACAUAGUUCACUGGAGGGGCCAACACAGUCUAUGGUAUUAAAAGAGGCCCUGAAAUACGAUAUGAUAUGAUCAUUAUGGGUGCAAUAUGGAGAAUUAUUAAUUAUUGCUACUUAUAUGCAUACAGUAUGGAAACAGCACACAUCUCCUGCAAAUGACAGAACGACUACUCAUUUAUGUGAAGUAUUUGAUUAAGCCACAGCACAGGAGCUGAAAAAUUGUCAAGGCCUCUGUUUACGUCAUCUGCCUCAUGAAUUAUUUAGCUUCGGCAGAUAACUCAAUUACUUCAGCCUUAAAAACGUUUCAUAUUAUGCUAAACUCACUCAAUGAUUGUUAAUUAUCCCAUGGCCGGUAAAUUAAAUCGCAUGUGAUAUCCAAAUGGAAAGUUAACUGGUGAUCGAACUUCUGACCGCCGAAGUAAUGGAUGUCCAAUGAGACACUCAGAAAUGUUAAUACGGUGCAUUUGCAUGUAUACAUCCACGACGAGCUUUACAUAUACUGUAUAUUAUUAUUGUGGUACAAUGUUUGGUGCAUGGCCCAGCAAGGAAUGAUAUAGGAACCUUGACAUGUAUUAUUUGAAUUUUCUUUUCUAGGUAAGGAGAAUGUUAAAUUUCUUCAGUAUCCCACUAGCAGUGACGGUAAUGUUAAUUGUUUCCAACUUUUUGGAUGUCUACUUAAAUACAGUACAAGUCAAGUCUGGUAUAACCCUGUCCUCGCCAGAAACACGUCCGUGGCUUAUUAAUCCAAAUCUGAGUGGAAAAGGAAAACUGGAUUGGGGAAUGGCAGUGCUUGCAGCUUUUCCUGCUGUCUUUGUGGUUAUUGUCAUUUUUAUUGAGACGGAAAUAACAGUAUUAAUGUGCUUUAAAGUAAGAUAUUAUUAUUCAUAUUUGUCUUGAAUUGAAUUCAUGGUGUUGUUUUUGUUACUCAUUGUAACAUUCAACCAAUUAUCACGCCUUAUGUCACAAAAAUACCAUGGAUGUAACCUGCACCUAAGAACAAACUUUUUCAGGCAGUUAUGUUCAUCACAGAGACAGGUUCCUGAUUUCUAAAAUCUACAUUAUAUUGUUGAUAUACUCUGUGAGCGAACUCUGCAUGUGAAGAAAACUUGUGCCGUUGAACGGUGGCACCGCCAUGAUUUUAUUUCGAGGGCGGGGGGGGGGGCAACCCAAAGACCGAUUUACACGACACAAUGACUAAUUAAUAAUUCUUUCCCAAAAUUCCUCAACAAAAAAUUUUCUCGGAUAUUAUAUUAGUCAUUCCCGCUUGGGUUAAAGUAACGUUAUUCCUUACAUUUUUCAUGAAUUUUUCCUAAAUAAAUAGCAUUUUCUGGAGCAUUCACAAGAGAAACGACUGGAGCAUUCACAAGAGAAACGACAAACACAUUUUACGGUUAUAUUUUCGUUAGCUUGCUCACCGUACAUUUGUUGCUUUAGCACUGCACAAAUGGAUUUAGAACUGCACAUUUUCCACCCCCUCCCCAAUUUUUCACCGAAUUUGAAUGAAUCUAAAACAACACUCUGAAAAUCAUGGGGGCCCAACCAAGGGAGGUCUGAGGGAGCAUUUCCGAAACCUCGGAAGGGCAUUUUCCGUGUUUCCUGAGAGGAAUUUUUAUCAAAGUUGUGAAUUUCGUGCAUUUAAAAAUUCUUGUAAUGCACUUUUUAUAAGUUUUUACAAAUUCAAUCCUUUGUGUGGUGUAACAAAGAAAUAGCAUAAAAAACAUUUAUGUGGAAAAACACCGUAUAUGUUAGUAUGUUUUGUCAAGUCUUGGCUGACGUUUGUACGCGUAAUGCCCACCUAUAUUGCCCGGUUUGUUUUGGCCAUAGAAAUAAUAUAUAUCUAUUACAUAUCUAUUGUUUCUAUGGUUUUGACGCUAAAGCCACGGAUUCAGACAAUUGCACUCUAAAAUAGUCUGGUUAAAUUCUGGAUCUAAAAUUACUGCAGAGCAACGAAUAUUUAAAAGGUUAUGGCUAAUUUGAAUUUGAAAGGGUGUACAUUUUUUUGAUACACCCUGUAUAGUUUCUCGAAUAGUUAUCCAGGAACUUUCUUGAAUGCUAGCUCAUGUGCUGCUGUCGACCCAGUAAAUUUAGAACAAUGUUUUUCGACAGUAACGACUAAGGGCCUGUUCAUAUGAUCCCGCUUACCGGGACGUCUCGCUUACCGAUGAUCUCGCCGCCUAUCUAUUUUCCUAUAAAAUUUUGCAUUGUGUUCAUAUGAGAAAGCGAGCUGGCCCGCUUGCCGAGAUCUCGUUUGAAUUUGCCGAGAUCAUAGGUAGGCGGGAUGAAAAUGUUUCCAUAUGAACACGCCAGCCCGCUUACCGGGAUGAAGUGAAACAAGUCUUGCCGGUUUAAUUUAACACUUUUUACUUGGUUUUAUGUUUGUUUUGUAAACAAGUAUUAAAUAGCCACCUGAAGCAAUACUUUUUCUUGUAAAUAAACGAAGAAAAACACUAAAAUCGCCAAGUAUUUGUGUUGCUUGACUGAAAUGUAGAAGUUUUGCAUAUGCUAUUAAUUAUAGAACUUCAAUGUAAUUUCACUCGGCAAGCGGGACGAAAUACUCCAUAUGAACGCACGGAAAUAUUCGUCUCGGUAAGCGAGACGUCCCAGUAAGCGGGAUCAUAUGAACAGGCCCUAAGAAGCUAUGUACAUAAAGUUUGUGGUGGUUGUUGAAUGUAUAAUACGAAAACGUUUUACACACUUAUGCACCUCACAUUACACUACUUUAGUUAAUGAUUGAUAUAUUACAUAUAUUAUUAAUAUCGUCUUUUUAUUAAUACAUGCAAUGAUACUUAUUUUAGGAGACAGUAUCAAGAAAAGGAUCUGGAUUUCAUACCAAUCUUUUAGUAGUUGCUAUAUCUAUAUUCAUUUGUUCGAUAUUUGGUUUGCCCUGGAUGUGUCUUGCAGCAGUUGAAACCAGCAACCAUAUAGAUAGUCUACGAGUGUGGACAUCGUACAAUAUUCCUGGGAUUAAGAGUCAGGUUGAGAAAGUUCGACAGCAAAGGGUUACCUUAUUCUUUAUUGGUUUGGCUACAGGUACUAUUUUAUUAUUCUUAGUGUCAUCUUGGGCCAACAGAGAUCAAAAGAAGGAAAAUAAGUUAUUAGAGAGUUGGGAAUUUUCCACGUAAAACAUGGGGCGUUCCAAUUUCCCACCAAAACAAAUUUAGUUAAGAUUUUUUCGUAAUUUUCAGUUAGAAUAUCCUUCCCAAAGUGUUAAGAUUUUCCUGACCAUUGUUCUAUCUGUUUAUACUAAAUACCGAACACGUCGCAUUAUUGUUAGUUAUAUAGGUAUUGGCGCGGUCUCGAUCAUUUCUGGACAGUCUUUUGGCGCUGCUAUAGUUGAUAUAAUUAAACGUGGUCACGUGAACUAAUUAUGUAAUUGGCCCUGGCAUUCAACUCCUUAUAACCGUUUCAAAUUUGAAUCCGAAUGAGAACAUUUUAUGGCUUUUGGAUUAAUAAGUAAACACAACCUUGCCAAACGUCUUCACACAAUUUUCUCAUUAUUUAGGUUUGUUCUUGUACCAACCAUUCCAUUUUGGACAUAUUCCUAUUGCCCUGUUGUCAGGACUUACAUUAUACAUGGGCGUGGUUGCAACAUUUGGUGUGCAGUUCUUCAAACGUCUAGAACUGCUGUUUAUGGCACCAAGUCAACAUCCAUAUAUUGACUAUUUAGAUAAUGUAAGUAUGCGAGGCUAUUAUAAACUUUCAAUAUCACGGCAUUUUUCAAUUUUUGGAAAUUGCUUGCAGAAACGACUCAAACUACGUUGGACUCAGAACACUAGGCUGAAUAAUUGAUUGCCAAAGUGAUUGGUUAUUUUCGAUCCUUUUGACAAAAAGCAUUGGGCAUUUCAUAUUAAAUGGCAAUGUACUGCAGACUUAGAUUAUAUAGGAAUAUUUUAUUCGUCUGUUAUCAUUUUAUUUCCUAGGUUCCAUUAUUGAAAGUUCACCUCUUCACAGUAAUUCAGAUAAUUAUGAUAACUCUACUAGUGGUGAUAAAAUCAGUUGAUUCAAUUUCAUUUAUCUUCCCAAUAUUUAUCAUGUUGAUGAUACCCAUGAGAGUUUUACUCGGCAAAUAUGCCUUUACUCCACUUGAAAUUGAACAGGUAAAUAAUAUAUAAAUAAUUAUAAUUACUGAGUAGGACAAACACAAUGGUCAAUUCAUACCAACUCCAAAAAAAAUAUUAAUUCACUUACUUGCCUGCCAGAGAAUGGGAUGAAUUUGAAAAACAUUUUGCGUGCUUGGAUGAUGCAACUAUCUGAAAAAUAAGAACAAACGUUUUACUGACUUCCAGACGAAAGCUGGACUUCGCUCGAAACGUCUACUUUUGUUAUUAUUUUUCAGUUAGUUGCAUCAUAUGUUCAAGUCCGCAAAUUGCAUCCACUAUAUUGUCCCUGGCACCAGGCCCGUAACUAGGUAUAUGCAUGAGUCAACCGAGUCAGUGACUCGGUUAGAAUUUUCGUGAAAAAAUAUAAAAUAAGAACUCAGACUGUAGUUCUCUCCAUGUGAAGAAGCAUUCUUCUUGCCCUACAUGCAGUGACCUAUAAGAAGUGGGAGACUGUGUGGUUGCACAAGUACCCCCAAUAACAAAAGUGCGAGAUAGCGCCCCAAAUAUUACCACAAUUGGGCACAAACACUUUUUAUCAUGCACCUGAUCAUGUUCGACCAAGAAUAUUUGUAAUUCGUAGCCUCAGGAUUGGGGCAAAUCUACAGGAUAAAAUUAUAGUAAUUGUGUCACUGUUUAUGAGAUUGACUUAAAUGCUAUCAUUUUCCCACCACAACCAGGAAAUUUAAUAAACUCUUUUGAUAUUUUGUAGUUGGAUAACGAACAAGAUGACGAACAUCAUUAGCAAGAGGCAGAGAAGAAUCUAUAUAUUAGUUAAAUAUAUAUAUAUAUAUGUUAUUCACUUAUUGACUGAGCUCUCGGUCCGGACUGCAGGAUAUUAGUCGAGUUCUUUUUUCGUUUGUUUACAUAUAUCAAACAAGCUCAGUCAAUAAGUUAUUUAUUAUAUGGCUCAAAACAAAUCAGAACAUUCUUCGAAAAAGAGUGUUUGUAAAUUAAGUCGAGAAUUAAGUUGUUUACAUUAUUUGAACAUUUAAAAACGCAGUUUUUGACAAAGUUAAAACGGUAACAACAUGUUUUCAGAUAUUAAUAUAUUGAAAGUCGAAAACAGCAGUUAAUUAGUCCAUGAGUUUCACUUUAGUUCGCCGAAAAAGCCGUUCAUUGGCGGCAAGUAUUAAGCAUUAAAUAUGAAAAAAGUUAAAAAAACCCGAUUUUUAAAAAAAAGUUUUAAAAAUCGUAAGCAGUCGCAGACAUAUCGCAGAUGUCUGCGACUGUCUGCCGAUUAUUUGCCGACCUAGUGUUCACAUUCAAAUCGCUUUUAACAUGAGAAUUUCAUCUCUGUUCGGUGUGCUUAGAUCGUCCGCCAUCUUGUUUACCAGUUGCACUGCAUUAUGGGAUACAAUUUCGUCGCAGACAAUCGCCGAUCGUGUUCGCAUAAACUCGUAGGGAUCGAUCGAUCGAUCGUUUGAGAAGACAGUCUGCGCAAAUCUGCGUUAAACUUUGUGUUCGCAUAACAAUUCGGCACAUGUCUGCGACUGCUUAACGAUCGCAUGUGAACUAGGCUUAUAGUAUCAUUCUGUCUUCUGUCAGCAUUUUAGGUAUAAUUAUAAAAGCGGUUAUUAUACAUGUAAACAACGUUUUAGCACAAACUAGAGUAUAAAAAUAUAAAAAUACUUACCAAGGUCACAUUAUACAUGCGUAAAAAAGCACAGCUUGUAACAAGUCUGCAAACAAGUUGUUACAAGUCUGUUCACAAGCUGUCAACAAGUUGUGUUUGCACUGCUUGUUCCCAGUUGUUGCAACAAGUUUGAAACAAGCUGUUAACUCAACUUGUGACAAGCUUGAUGGCAUUAACAGACUUGUUACAUGCAAGGCUGUGCUAACAAGUUUUUACAGCCAUGAUAUAACAAGCAUGUUACAAGGUUGUCAACACACGGUUGUAACAAUUGAACGGACUUGUCAGAACAACCUUGUAACAAGUCUGAUAAUUUCGGCAAAGUCGCUACAAGUUGUCAACAAGUUGUUCUAAAACUGUUGACAACUUGUGACAAGCAGUGCGAAGACAACUUGUGACGGCUUGUUGACAAACUUAUUACAAGAUGUGAGAUUUUUUCGUGUGUAGGUCUUUUUAACUGGGAAAAGAGUUAUUUAAGUUGUGUUUAUUUUUUGUGAGGGGUCCAUCUUAUAUAUGAUAGCGGUCCAUACUAUGAGAUCAGUGAGCGGUCUGUACUGCAGGCAAUAGCGAGCUUAAGCAAGCGACGUUUUUGACAACACGAACGUUGACCGGAAGCAAAUUUGACGUUAUCAACCAAUCAACAUUCUUGACCCAGUCUUUUGACGUUACUCAUGCCGUUCGUGUUGUCAAAAACGUCGCUUGCUUAUUGUCGAUUUCCAGUCACUUUUCAACGCACGGUUCCCAAGUUCGUUGCGAACUUGCCAAUUACGUUUCCAAGUUCGGAAAUUGGGCGCGAACUUCGCAACAAAGUUCGCAAGUUCAUUUCAAUGUUUGAACUUGAUUUGUAAACAAAUGUCCAUACUCAAUGAUAAUAACUAACUCAAUGAGAUGCAAACCUUCUUGGUAGCCCACUGGACCAAAAUCUUUCCAUUGAAUUGUUAAUUUCAACUUGAACUAUGAACAUUUGUUUACAAUAGUUCAAACAUUGAAAUGUACUUGCAAACUUUGUUGCGAAGUUCACAACGAACUUGGAAAUGUAAUUGGCAGGUUCGCAACGACCUUGGGAACCACGCGUUGAAAAGUGACUUGAAAUCGACAGUAAGCUCGCUAAUGACUACAGGUUACCGACCGCUCAGGAACCAAUCAAAAUGCUGCAUUUUAUAGAUGGACUGCCUUGCCAUUUAAUACAUUUAUUUAAUAGUUAUAUUGUGAAAACACACAUCAGUAAGGAAAACAGAGUAUAGAAAAUGUUUUAUUGUAGAUAUUAUGUAAUCCAUAUUUUAAAUUUUAACUAUAUAGGGUUUGGUGACGUUGAUGAUUAACUAUUUUUUACAUAAUUUAAUAUUUCUAUAUCUACGCACACAUAUUGUAUAUAUAACGAAAUAAACUAUGUGAAUGCACUUAAAACUAGUAUACAGGGUGUAUCAUAAAAAAGACCUUUAGAAAUUAAUCUAUUGUUGUUAGGCACAAUAUAUUUUGCUCCUGGUAAUUAAAAAUUCAAUUCAAUUGUGUUUUCGCACUCUUGUGUUCAGCGUAUAGUGCUUAUAGCAUUCAAAUUAUAACAAUAUAGGAUCAUUUCUAAAGGUCUCCUUUUUAUAUGCACCCUGUAUAUUGGUCAUGCAUUUUUGUCUAUAAGACACCAUGACACGAUUUGUCACGUUACCUAUAGCUAUACUGUACGAACAUCUAGUUUCGACCACACUGCAUUACCAUGGAAAAAAAUGUAAUGCGUAUAUAGGAUAUGCGUGGAAGAACAACUUUUGUUUGUAAAUAUGGAUAUGCAAUUUGUAACUGUUUGAAUGUUUUUGUAGUAAUGUUGAAUCAGGUUCGGAAAAUCAGGAUCAAAACGGGGCUAUACGUUUUCACGAAUACUUUUGAAAAAACUAUUCAAAUACUACUGAUGAAUAUGUACUAUUUAAAACACGAGUAGGAGUGUUUUAUAUCAGAUAUAAUAACGCGAGGCGCAGCCGAGCGUUUUAUAUCUGAUCAGUAAAACACGCGAGAACGAGUGUUUUGAAUAGCUUAAAAUACUACAAAAGAAUACUAAUUAGGAUGAACAAUUAUAUAAUCAUACUAAUUAGGAUGAACAAUUAUAUAAAGAAUACUAAUGAAGAUGAGUUUUAUCAGAUAUAAAGUCACUCCACGUGACAUAUUAUGGCUGACAUGAUUUGCCACAAACUAAUGAAGAUGAGUUUUAUCAGAUAUAAAGUCACUCCACGUAACAUAUUAUGGCUGACAUGAUUUGCCACAAGGUUUAUGAAUGAUUUAUUUUCAUAUUCUAACGUACCCUGGGUGGCAGUGGGUGCCAGAGGUUCUUCCACGCUCGGGUAGGGUAAUUGUAACCUUUUUCACAAAG